CUUGCAAUGAGAGGAGAGGCGGCUGACGAAGGAAGGAAGGGGGUGAGGUUGUGUGAGCAGUAGAAGGUCGCCUCCUCGCUCAACCCUCUUCCUCCUCCGUUGCUGGCUGGGAUCGUUGCUGCGACGUCAGAUCUGCCAUUGGCUUCUGUUACUCGUGUCUUUCCACCUGUUUGCUGCUCCAGCUGCGCGCGAUCUACCCACAUGUCUACUAGGAGUUGGCUUAGUUGCGGAUAAAAGCGUCGUCUAGUGGUUCAGCUCACCAACAAACCCUUCAGUUCCCAACUGCAUCGCGUGCGAUUCCCACUUGCAUGCCAUUCGAUUUCGACUAUGGUGUGGGGUUCGAAUUUGGGAUGUUUUGCACCGGGUUUCUCUUUCUCAGCUGAUUCGUGGAGGGGGCUUAGAGAUUGGGGUGGGCAACCCUAAGUGGGAAUUCAGAAGAGGGUCUGGAGUAAUGAGGAUUCGAAGAAUGGGCAGAUAGCACGGGUGUUUUUUCUUUGUUGAAGUGGUGGAUGAAUCGAUGUAGCAAGCGUGAGUAGUGUUUGAAAGGAAUUUAGCAUGGGGCCAAACGCGUGGCAUACAGGAUGGGGGGUGAGGGUGAUGUGGGUUUUGGUGCACGCAGUGGGGGUUGGAGGACUGUUAUUCCUAGAUUCCGACCUGCGCACACUCAGUUUGGCUUUCUCGUGGUGGGCAGGGAGCUACUACUUGCUGUUCUUGGCAGUUGUGAUUCAGUACUGCCGCACUGCAGGAUCUACACCCGGGUAUCUAGUGGAUGCGUUGAGUGAAGACGCCAAUUGUGAAUCUUUUGCGAAAUCAGCUGCAGCUGGAAGUUGUAGGAGCUCCCAAUCGGCAGCUGAAAGCGGCCGUAGUUCAUACGGAUCCUUUCAAAAUUCUGAGAGCUGUCGAGCUCCUCCACGGGUCUUAAGAGAGAAUGUGAAAGGUGGGUAUGCCCCUGUUUCGGAGGCGAGUCCAUUGCUGAUGAACUCGAUAAAUGUAAAGCGGGAAUCUGAUGGCUGUCAUUCAACCAGAGGUUCCGCCCACUCGUUGCUGUCAAUUAGUACUGGGUUCUGCGCUUACUGCGGGUAUUUGCAACCAUUACGGACCAAGCACUGUCACGAUUGCGACAAGUGCGUUCUACGAUUUGAUCACCACUGUGUUUGGCUGGGGACAUGCGUUGGGCAACGCAAUCAUAGGAAGUUUUGGUGGUAUAUCUUCUGUGAAACAGCGCUUGUAAUGUGGACUUUAGUUUCGUAUAUCCGAGCCUUUGGCAGCAGUAUUGGGAGCACAACGUUGCUGGAGGGAUUGGCAGUUUUGCUUCUGAUUCUUGGACUCAUCACCGCAGAGUGCUUUCUGAUGUCUCUAUUAGUGUUCCAUUCCUUCCUGGUACUAACUAACCAAACUACCUAUGAAUUGACAAGAAGACGCCGCAUUCCUUAUCUUAGGACUCUGCCUGAAAAGGUGCAUCCUUUCAGCAAAGGCAUGGAUGCCAAUUUGUACUCUUUCUGCUGCUCAUCGAGCUCCGAGCACCCAAUUUACGUACUUCCCAGCCCAGAGGAGUUGGAGAAUAUGGCACGUCCUACGUCUUGUUUUAGCUACUUUCCUGGAUCGAACAAGGUCACCUCCUGCUUCCUUAACUAGAAUAUGAGAAAGGAAUUUGUUCCCUCUGGAUGUAUGGGCUCCGCGUUGCUGGAGAGGAUGAAGUCAUGUAAUGGCGUUCUAUACAUAGGAUGUUAUCUUAUGUACUUGGAUACUAUCAAGGUGAAGGUAUGGUUUUGUUUUUCAUUUUGAAGUUGGUACCGUGCUGCUCUGUCUCUUGCUUCCUUACUAGUUGUUUAUUUUAACUUUGAGUCAAUUUUUAACUUCUUGGUGAAGACAGUCUUUUCGGCGCUGCACUAUGGGUGGUCAAUUAUUCAUGUCAAUCUGUAUACUGUCAAGGUUUCCGUUGCUCUCCACGCGGCAGGAGACUGAAGAACAAUACCGGGUCCCCAAACUCUUGAUGGUGUCAUUCUACACCUUCAAUGAGGAAGCACCAUCUCAUCUUUCUCCAUAGGCUGCCACGCAUUUGAAAGCGCCAGGCACAACUUCUAACGUUACUCUUCUGGAACAAAAGCUCCAUGAAUUCAUAUUCUACUGUCAGCCGUAUCAUCCGUGAGAGCUUAUGGACCCACAACAAAACCCAUUGAAAGUCCAUAGUUUCAAGGCUCGAGGCUUCGUUAUCAGUUAGUGAGCUGCAAAUCUGGUACAAUGCUGUCCCUUCAGCGGGUUGAAUUAGUGCCUUGCUCGAAAGGACCGUGUUCGAUACGCAUCUAUCAAUGCGAGGGCGAUACAUAUUCGCAGAAUUACAUUCUUUAACAAACGCCCUGCACCCAUCAAGGAGGGCAUCUUUAUGCUUCCUUGAUGGAUGUGUAGCUGAGCUCAUUAGACACUAAGUGGCUCAGGAAAGUGUUUAAUGAACGCAAAUCUGGAUUAACACCUUAAGAAAGUGAAGGUGGAGCAGAGAAUGAUCGAGUGAUUCGGACGACAGCGGUUCUUCUACUUCAUCGUUAAUGGAGAUCCCGGGCUGCUAGCCAGGGGCAAGCCAUAGGGUUGUCUUCCAUUCUAAUAAUGAGUGGGCAAUGUUAUUCUUGGAUUUUGCCUCCAUAAGGAGUUCCCAGCAAAGCAAAGUCCACCCAAUUUCAAAAUUUGCACUUCUAUGUUUAAGGGAGUGUAUAUAUUAGGUAUAAUUUUAUUUUUAUUUUUAUUGUUUUUUUCAAAAGCAAAAAUUAAUUACAUUGAAGCUAAGUCAUGGUAGAAGUACUGAUUCUUGUUGCAAAGGGUUUGUUGCCUCCACAUUUAAGUGGCUGAAGGAAGGCAUAACUUUGCAAGACAAGAUCUCAAGGAUUAAGGCAAUCAAAGAGCUAAUUUUUUGGAAGAAAGUGCCAUUUAAAGUAAAGAUUCAAUAAACUUGUAUUUACUUAAAGGUGACCAAAACCAAGAUGUGGUGCUUAAUAUUAUAGGAAUU